AGAAAAACUAAAAGAUGAAAAUUCUUUUUACCUCCGUUAUACUCUAUAUACUUUUUCAAUGGUCAACUGCCACUUUGAUUGCAAUCGGGCUUCAAAAUGAGGAGAGUUAUCAGUGGGAAAUGAAUUGCUUCCGGAUUGUUAAGCCCAUGAUAAAUUAUCUUACAAAAGUGGAGGACAAUGAAGAACUGAGAAAAAAGAUCAUUAAUCUGGAGAAAAGGGUGGAACGAUAUGAAGUGCAGUUUAAAGAUCAGGAGAAUCAACUAAAAACUAAGGAUACAUUACUUAAUGAAAAAAGUGCAGAAUUCCAACAACAACUUAAGGCAAAGGAUGACAUAUUGCUUGCAAAGGAGGAGAAAUUUGAAGCCCAAAAGACUUUACUCGACGCCAAGGAAGAACAAAUUAUGAGCUUAAGUGCACAAGUAACUAAGUACACGGUGAUUAUUGAAGAUAAAGAUUUGGAACUGAAAAAAUGCAAGCAGCAAGAGGAGAUCUUCCCGUUCUCUGUCGAUGGAAUCCGACGGUUGCAAAUUGCAGGUCAAGCAUCGUUUGAAGUGCCUUAUGUUUCUCCAUUAUCCGGUUGGACAGUGAUUCAAAGACGCAUUGAUGGAGAAGUUAGUUUUAAUCGGGAUUGGAUUGACUACAAGAAUGGAUUCGGUGACAUGCAAGGAAACUUUUUUAUUGGACUUGAGAAACUGCAUCUGUUAACUCUAUCGCAGCCCCAUGAGUUGUAUAUCCAAUUGAGAGAUGUUACUGGAAACACUAAAUAUGCUCGCUAUGAUAAUUUAAUCGUAGCUGGUGAGAAGGACAACUAUAUGCUUCAAUCGAUUGGAAAAUAUACAGGAACAGCUGGCGAUUCACUUACAGAUCAUGUUGGCCAUAUGUUUACAACCAAAGACAAGGAUAAUGACGUAUGUACUGACAGUAAUUGUGCUGCCGAGGAAGCUGGUGGAUGGUGGUAUGAAGACUGUGCUUACAGUCGUUUGAAUGGAAAGUAUGACAAAGAUGGUAUUUCUUCAAACCAUAAUGGCAUUGCGUGGGGAUCUUGGAGCGAAUGGAACUAUACAAUAUCCCUAACAUUCGCCCAAAUGAUGAUUAGGCCGUCACAGAAAGUGAAUUGAGUUUUAAUAAUUUGAGUACCAGGAAAAAUCCAAUAACACAGAUUUCUAUACACUCAAAUCAUUGAGCAGUUUGUUGAAUUUUCUAAUACCAUUUUUUAAAUUUAAGUAACUUCUACCUGAAAAUUAUUGGGUUUCCAUAAUCUUAAUAGUCAAUUAAAGACACGAAAUUAGUUACUAUCCGAUAAUAUUUUUUCCAG